GCAGCAGACCACGUGUAGGUAACUUCCGGUGGAGGGGGUGGGUAAUAUUUCUCACUAGGAAAUUUGUUUUGAAUAUUUUGUUCUUGUCGUUAUUAAUAUGGAGGAUUUACCUGCGGACCUCAGAGCCGCCCUCGUCAGUCAACCUUUUUUUGAGCUUACAGAUAAUAAAAAGAUCAAAUGCACCCUGAAUGGUCAUGAACUUCCUUGCAACCUGACUGAGCUGCAGAAAUUCACCGAAGGAAAAAAGUACAAGAAACUGAGUUCUAGAGCAGAGUUUAACUACAGCCAGUAUGAACCACAUAUUAUUCCAAGCACAAAACAACCCAAUCAGCUUUUCUGUAAGUUGACUCUCAGACAUCUGAACCGGGAUCCACACCAUGUCCUCAUCCACGUUAAUGGGAAACGCUUCAAGAAAGCCCUUGCUCAAUACGAGGAGUGUGUAAAACAGGGGAUUGAAUUUGUUCCGGAAAGGUUGAAAAAUAAAAGGCCCAAAGAAAAAGAUGAAGAUUUCAGUAGAGGGAUGUCCUCAAAGCACUCGAGCAGCGUGUGGGAACCCUCAUGCAGCGACGACGAGGAUCACAGUGACUCUGAAGACAGCAUGAGUGACCUCUACCCCUCCUCUAUGUUUACUUUAAAAAAUCCAGUUGAAGAAAAUAUGGAGGAGGAAGGAGAAGAAGAUGAUGAGGAUGAGUUCCAAACUGACGAGGAGAUGGAAGAGAAAGUUGUACAGAAACGCAAAAAGGUACAGAGUGGCGGUUUUCAGAAGAAGUUUCGAAAUAAUCGGUGGAAAUCAGGACGCAAGAAACAACAAAAAGUUCAAAAUGGAAAGUAAAAAUGUAAAGACAGCUUUUCCUUAUAUCUGGUAUAUUGUCAGAAGGCAACUUUGAUCCAUUAAUACUUCUAGUUGAUUAAUCUAACUAGCAACAGUUUUUUUUUUUGUAUUUUGGUGUGUGCACAAGACUUGGAAAGCAUGUGAGUUUGUAGCUUGGAGUUACAACUUCCAGUUUAAACCCUUGUAAAAAAAUAUAAAUAAAAUAACAUUUGGAUUUGGCAAA